GUCCAGGAUUGUUUCCGGAUUGUCCGAGGUUAGCUUUUUCAGGUCAAAUUGGAACUCAUCAUUGCUCCCUGUCCUGAACUGAACUGAAGCGGUGUUUGAUGAUCUUUGGAUGCCGCCCUCCGCUUUCUCACCACCAUCUAUCUUCCAUCCGCAUUCUUCACACUCCCAAGCUCCCCCCUCAUUCUCUCUUCUCUUUCUCCGCAUCUGCCCCUAUGCCUGAUAUAAAGAUGGAAUCUUCAACGCCUUCGCUUAUGGUGUUAUGCGGGAAAUCGGAGGCUGAGAAUGAACUGGCGAAAUCAUUGAAGAAUAAAAGUACCCUGAAACUGCCGGGAGAUGAUGGAGUCGAAGUUGUUCUGCAUUCGGAGGUUGAAAGUGGACUUGGAAACGACGCGUUUCGCAUACGCGAUUACUUUAAAUGUCUCAAAACGGCCACUGGACUCGGGAGAUUUCUUGUCUACUCUCCAGGACUGUCUUCCACCCAGGAUUUCGUUUCAAGCAAUUUCUGUGAGCUGCCAGUUGGUGCCGUUUGUGUUGCUGAUGUGCAAUUCAAGGGGCGAGGACGCUCAGCGAAUGUAUGGGAAUCUCCAAAGGGUUCCCUUCUUUUUUCAUUUACCUUACAAAUGGUAGAUGGACGAAUGGUGCCACAUGUGCAGUAUGUAGUCAGCCUUGCUAUGACGGAAGCCAUUAAUGAUCUCUGCAACCAAUUCGGCGCAUCACACCUUAAUGUAAGAAUAAAGUGGCCGAAUGAUCUUUAUUUAGAUGGUCUUAAGGUUGGUGGCAUUUUGUGCACUUCAACAUACAAGUCCCAGAAGUUUAAUGUCAGUGCUGGAAUAGGCAUAAAUGUGGAUAAUGAGAAACCCACGACAUGCUUAAAUGCUGCUCUGCAAAAAUCAACAUCUGCCCGCAAUUUGUUAAAAAGAGAAGGCAUUCUUGCAGCAUUUUUCAAUAAGUUUGAGACUUUGAAUGAAACUUUCUUUAAAAAAGGAUUUCAGCCUCUUGAGGAGUUGUACUAUAAGUCCUGGCUCCACAGUGGGCAGCGAGUUAUUGUACAGGAAGUGUCUGAGAAGCAAGAUCAGUUUGUCGAUAAUGUGGUCACUAUCCAGGGCUUAUCACCCUCAGGUUACUUAUUAGGCGUAUCUGAUGAUGGGCAAACAUGUGAACUUCACCCAGAUGGUAACAGGUUUGAUUUCUUCCAGGGGCUCGUGAAAAGGAGACUUGGUUGACUAGAUCCAUCUGCAACCUUCCCUGGGUCUUUUUGGAAAGUGGAAAAUGCGAAGGAAAGAAAGUAGGGGAGAAAAUACAAAAAAGAUGACACCAUCCCCGAGGGCCAGACACUUAACGGGAAGGAUGUAAAUUAGCAGGGGAGAAAAUACAGCAUUAAUUUACAAGCAAGGAAAGUUUUGAGGAAAAUACUCGAUAUACCAUUAUUUCGAACUCAUUAAAUUUAUUUCUUAAAUAUAUAUAUCAGUUCGGCAAAUUCAAACAUACGAAACAAACAUUUGUAUUUCAUUUUCCUAGCAUAUUCUGGGAUCCGAACAUAGCAUUCUAAUUUGACAAGUGAGGUUCUUAAUUUGUCAGUAACUGUUACUUGAUUGACCUGGCAAUUAGUAGAUGCCCGAAGUGUGGCUAUUCAUUUUCC